AUGGACGACAGUAGGGCUGAUGAGUUUAGCAAUGGGAAAGGGGCCGAUGAAGUUGAGCAGCUCACUGAGGAACAGAAGAAUGAAUUCAAGGCAGCUUUUGAUAUUUUUGUGCAAGAUGCUGAAGAUGGCUGCAUUAGUACCAAGGAGCUGGGUAAAGUAAUGCGAAUGUUGGGUCAAAACCCAACACCAGAGGAGCUACAGGAGAUGAUUGAUGAAGUGGAUGAAGAUGGCAGUGGGACAGUUGACUUUGAUGAGUUCUUGGUCAUGCUGGUGAGAUGUAUGAAAGAUGACAGUAAAGGAAAAUCAGAAGAAGAACUGGCAGAACUGUUUCGAAUGUUCGAUAAAAAAGCUGAUGGUUACAUUGACGUUGACGAAUUAAAGACAAUGCUGGAGGAAACAGGUGAAUGCAUCACUGAAGAUGAUAUAGAGGAGCUAAUGCAAGAUGGUGACAAAAAUAGUGAUGGAAGAAUAGAUUAUGAUGAAUUCUUGGAGUUCAUGAAAGGUGUUGAGUAA